UAGAGAUCAACUGCUGUGCCAUGAAAUGCAUAUAUUAUGCGUCACUUUAGUGUAGCACACAACAGAGGAGAGGAAGGGAAAGGGGUCGGUCAACUGGAGUUGUUCGUCAGUGUUUUCUGAAGCAGAAAUAUUUACUCGUCCAUGGCGUGUUCCCUCAUUAAAGAAGGGCUCUCUGUGACUUCGUCGACAAAAACGAAAGAAGGCUGGGAAAGUGAAUUCAUAUUAUCAAAUAAGAAACUAGCAUGUCAUGUCUUUAGUCAAAGAACGAGAUCUAAAGACGACUAGAUGCCAUUGUGACUUUUAUCAAAUUUGUGGUAUGAGCUUUUAAACCCCUUUAAUUUUGAGUAUCGAAGUAUUAUUAGAUGUAGUGAUGCAGACUGGACGCUUUACUGGAUAGCGUGUGAGGUGGUUUGCAUGAGUACAGAGGGAAAGACCCCUUUGCCUGCAGCAGGGGGGCCGACGGGCAGACAGCGUGACACCACAAGAUCCACGUCUGGACGUGACAACGAAGGAUUGCAGAGAAUGGGCGCAGCAAUGGGGCCGUUACUGCUUUGGCUCCAGGAUGUGGCAGCGGUGACCCUCCUGAGGGCCCGCAGGACGCUUCUAAGGGCCGCCAUCCUGUUCUGCGUCCUGAUGCUUCUCCUCUGGGUCUCUAUCUUCUUGUAUGGAAGCUUCUACUAUUCCUACAUGCCCAGUGUCAGCUUCUCCACACCAGUGCACUUCCAUUACAGAACAGAUUGCGAUGCUUCAGAUUCAGUCCUUUGUUCUUUCCCGAUGGCUAACGUCUCACUCUUGAAGAAUGGAAGAGACCAGGUGAUGAUGUCUGGUCAGGCCUACAGGAUCUCUCUAGAGCUGGAAAUGCCUGAAUCUCCUGUUAACGAACAGCUUGGCAUGUUCAUGGUCAAAAUGUCUUGCUAUAGCACUGAUGGGACAGUCGUUCAGUCGGUGGCCCGCUCAACGAUGCUGCACUACCGUUCCAAUCUGCUGCAGACCAUGAGCACGCUGCUCUUCUCACCCCUCCUGCUCACAGGUGUGUCUGAACAGAAACAACUCAUCGAAGUGGAGCUCUUUCAAGAUUUUAAAUCAGACCUUUACCAGCCUGCAGUUGGUGCUCUGAUCGAGAUUCAGUCCCGCAGGGUCCAGAUUUAUUCUUCCCAGCUCAGGAUCCAUGCCUACUUCACUGGCAUUAGAUACCUCUUGUAUAAUUUCCCUGUGAUGUCUGCUAUCGUCGGGGUGGCGAGUAACUUCACCUUCCUCAGUGUCAUUGUGCUCUUCAGCUACCUGCAGUUCAUCUGGGGAGGGCUCUAUCCCCCCGAGCAGGUCAGAGUGAAGGUGAUGAUGGGAGACUCAACACGUCUUCAGCAGAGGAGAGAAGAAGCACGUAAACGUAUGCAUUCAUCCGCCAGCACUCCUACAAUGAUGUAUGGAAGAGAAAACAGUGAAACGGCAGAUCCACCACUGCAACCAAAGCAAACCGUUCGAAACAAAGGUGAGUUGGACACUCCUACUGCGAUUGGGACAGAGGACCUGAAUCGUCUGCAAGAGGAUGAAGCUGCUCAGGACUCCUCAACAGAUGAAGCUCCCAUUUUCCUUGAGGCUCCUCAUAUUGCAGAGGAGGACCCAGAUCAUGAGCUGAGAGCAGGAGGAAUGGGAAAUGGGACUCAAGAUGAAGAAACUACCCAAGCGCAGUCCUCAGACAGCAGCCUUAGACAAAGGCAUGGACCGUGGAUGAGCCUCUGAGCUCCGAA